GGCAGCUGCUUUAACGUGUUGUUAUAAUGAAAAGCGCUAGUCAAGGCAAAAUCAAGGUGCAAUCAACGUUUAAUUUUAUUCCUCUUUAGUCUUGUUUUUCCUGGUUUUCGGAGACCGAACAAAAUCUGUGGCGCUGAUUUCCUGCAAAGCAGUGUACUCCUUCCUGGAAAAAAGCUAGUAGGAAGUAAGGCUUAUUUUCCAGCUUACCAUGGUGGCUUUCACAGUCUGCUGUGGACUACAGCAUUAAAAACGCGGUUGGGAUUCAGUUGAAACUUCUAAGAAAUGUCACUGCCAAGAUUGUUGAUGGUGGUCACAGGAGAUGAUUUUGGCUACUGCCCGAGAAGGAACCAGGGGAUUGUGGAUUGCUUUUUGGCUGGAGGCAUUUCCAAUGUAUCCCUGCUUGUUAAUGCCUCGGCUGCUGAAGAGGCAGCCGGUCUGGCUGGCAGACACAAAAUCCCAAUUGGCCUCCAUGCCAAUUUGUCUGAGGGCACUCCUGUGUGUCAGAACCUCCAGCAGAUUUCCACACUCAUUAACCCUCAAGGCUUCUUCCAUGGAAAGAUGGGUUUUCGUCAAGCCUUGGAGAGAGGCCAGCUCAGCAUGAUCCAGGUGGAGCUGGAGGUGAGGGCCCAAGUCAGACGUUUUGUAGAACUGACAGGUCACUUGCCUUUUCACAUGGAUGGACACCAGCAUGUUCAUGUACUGCCAGGUUUUGCACUCGCAGCGCCUGCAUGAAACUCCGCUGAGACCAUGGGUUAUCAUCAGUACUUCUGGGGAAGUGGAGUCUGCACACUGCACCUGCAUGGCUUGCAUCGCAAAGUCAUGCACACAUGUUGGCUCUUCCUGUUAAAAAUUGAAGCUGCAGUUGGGAUAAGGAAGACCAAAACUGUGACCGAUGCUCCAGCCUACUAAAUGAUUCCCAGUAAUGUUCACAAAGUUCAUGCCGAGAUUGGUCACAGGAUUGACUUCUCAACUGGAGCGGCAAAGAGGAAGGCGCUUGACCAGAGCUUUCGAGGAGAGAGAGCUUUGCUUGGAUUAUGUACCCGGAAUGGAUCCAAAACACUUUGUGUACAUGAACCAAUGGAGUCUGACCUUUCAUCAUUACUCAAAGUACUGCACACUCAUAGCAAGACUGUCAGUCCAUAUGGAAUACAGGGCUACAGCCACCAUUAUCCAGACCCUAUCAAGCCGGUGGUGGUUCCAAAGUCUUUGAUUCAAAAGUAUGGAUGUAAACUGUCUGUUCUGCAGCAGCACAGUCAGAGCCUUACAAAACUGGUAGCUGUAACACAGAAACAGGCAGCUAUGGUUGGGCUUCACACAAGACAGCAACAUUGUUCCCCUUCAUGGCACAAAUUGAGGGCAGGCAGAAUUACAGCUUCCAAUGUAUAUGCUGUUGUGUCCACUAGUGUCGACAAACUUGCCCUAUCUGUAGUUAGAAGUAUUUUCUACCCCAAAAAAACAGUUGCAACAGCUUCAAUAAAAUGGGGAUUAGACCAUGAGGAAGUAGCAAGGCAAGCUUUAUUCAUUCUGUCUGCAUCCCAACAUGACAAUGGAGAAAUGCGGAUUCAUCAUUAACCCCUCCUUCCCCGAAGUUGGUGCUUCUCCAGGUGGACUGAUCUUCUGCUCAUGUUGUGGGAAUGGAUGUCUUGAAAUCAAAUGUACUUAUAAACACCGCAACAACUUUAUCACACAGGCCUGUGUGGACGACACCAAUUUCAGCCUUAAGCUCAUUGAUGGAGCGUUACAACUGAAGCAGACACACCAGUACUACAGUCACAAGUACAAAUGCAGAUAUUUGUGAGUGGCUCAAAUUUUUGCUACUUUGUAGUUUGGUCCCUUAAGGACUGUGUAGUUGUACGGAUCUCACCAGAUGUGACCUACUGGGAAAGACUGUUAUAAAAGGCACAUUACUUUUUCCUCAAGGUGUGUUAAGCUUGUUGCAGAUCACUACACCUGUGCAUCCUGCACUACACCGCACGCAAAGCCUUUUAGUGAGGAACAGCCUUCUUGUGCACCGACAAAGAGAACAUUUUCCAAAAAAAGAAAAUGUGUCUCGUUUGCAACGUGACGGAAGAACAGGAUGACAUGAUGGCGUGUGACAAUCAAAACUGUGUUAUUAUGUGAUUCCAUUUCCAGUGUGUGGGGCUCACACAGGCGCCUUCAAAGACCGAGACUUGGUUGAGUUCCACUUGCUCCGGGCUUUCUUAAUAUAACGGACAUUUUAUAUGAUUCAGAGAUGCUGUGCAAUUAAUUCUUAUCAAGUGUAACACGGAUUUCAUUUAUUUACCUCAUAUGUUUACCUCAUGCUGGAAUUGUUCGGAUAAGUGAUGCGGCUUUUCCUGUUUUCAUUUCAAUGUAUUGGAUGUGUAGAUUUUUUUAAUGUGAACUGUUAUUUUACGUGAACCAUUUUUGCCACUACACUUUAUGCAUCAGGAUAUUUUGCAGAGUAAUGCUGCAGGGACCGAUGCUCCUGUGGCCUUUUGUUGUCUUUACACUGUAUUGCAUUCAAACGUUUUUGAACCUGUUCACCUUACACCACCAGUGCUUUGCACAGCUAUGUGGAUUAUAAUGUUUUUUUAUGAAUUUGUUGGUAUUACUGUGGCACAUUGUUUCACUUUGUGCUUGUGACUUUCUGGCACAUUAAUGCCACUAAUGCUGCUGGAUUUGAUACAGCUGUGGCCUUUUGUUGAGUCUACACUUCAUUGUAAUGACAUUUUUCUAAACAGGCUUACUUCUGACCAUCUGACCUUUACACAACAAUGUUGAAUAUAUUGUUUACUGUUUUAUUGAAGUGGUUCCACCACUUUCAAACCUUUGCAUUUAAAAUUUAAUAAAGAUGCGAAAGAAA